CUGUACGGGUGUACGCAUGCGUGCCGGCAGCAGCGCGUGAGACAUGCACAGAGAGGUAAACAGCUAACUGUUGGUGUUGUAAAAACGGAUCAAAAAUGGACGCACAGAAAGAUGUACAACCACCCAAGCAGCAGCCAAUGAUCUACAUAUGUGGAGAGUGUCACACUGAAAAUGAAAUUAAGGCCCGGGACCCAAUCCGAUGCAGAGAGUGUGGUUACAGAAUCAUGUACAAAAAGAGGACAAAGAGAUUGGUUGUUUUUGAUGCCAGAUGAAGAUGACGACAGGAGCUGUUCUUAUGUGCUGUUUGUACUGUAUUAGCAUGUAAAUAAAGCUGACCCCAUGUUUUUCAAAUUUGUUAAAAAUAAGAAUUUCUCCGCUCCACCCAAGCUGUAUUGUUGUUGUUUUUUGCUCAGUAUUGAUCGAAAUAUUUGGUUCAUUAAAAACAUGAUUUUCACUUUCCUA